AUGCCCGAUCAGGUGGUAUUGUUCAGAACGUUGGCGGAAUUACAGGAUGUCCAUGUGUUAGUCAUGAGCACGGUUAGUCCGUUGCUGAAGAUCGGUCUUCAGUUCCUCGGUGUGUGGCCGGAUAUGCCAUUCGCUAUUAUUAUCCGGCUGAUUUUUAUGUCGAUCAUAAUGAUUAUGCAGUACUUUCAGUAUCUAUAUAUAUUUGCACACUGUAAGCAAGGCGAGGUGCAAAGUCUCGUGGACAGCUUGCCGUUGGCUUUUGAUUACAGUUUGAGGUUAAUAAAGCUGAUGACACUUUGGAAGAAUGAACGCUUGGUUCGCGAAAUAUUGACCCAUAUGGACACUGAUUGGCGCGAGUGCGUGAGGGUCGAGCGGGAUUUGUACAUAAUGACGACGAAAGCUAGCAUCUCGCAUUUUUGCACGAACGUUAUGAUGAGUUUCUACAUGAGUGUCGGAAUUAUCUAUCUUGUGGGAGAUUUCGCGAUUGACAUUAUGCAUUCGAUUGAGAGCGGCAAUGAUACUUCACGUCCAUUCCCCGUGAAGUUAUUGUAUUCCUCCAAGGCCGAGCAAUCCCCUAUCUACGAGCUACUAGUCGUCAUCAUGUUUGCAUAUGUCUUGUUAAAUGCGUACACAGUUGUUAUUGUGGAUGCACUGAUUAGCACUCUGGUACUUCAUGUAAGCGGACAAAUUGAUAUUAUACAUCAAGAGUUUAAAAUUAUCUCCGACAAAAUAGCUUAUUAUCAAUCUUGUGAGUGUACAAUUGGAAUGUUGGUCGAGAAGCAUAACAAGGUCAUCGCAUUUUCCAAGAAUAUGUACAAUCUUUUUUCCUUUAUGGCUUUGAUGCAAGUUUUUUGGAAUACCUUAGUCAUCUGCAUCCUAGGACUCCUUGUCAUAUCAUCUCUUCAAGAUAAUACUGGCAUGGGCCUAAUGAAAACCGCAGUAGCUUGCGGCGGCGUAAUGAUAGAAAGUUUUAUCUUUUGUUUCGCCGGAGAAUAUCUUAGUCUUAAGAGUAAAUCACUCGCUGAUGCCGCGUAUGAAUCUUUAUGGUACAACAUGUCGUCUAAUGAGAGUAAAAAAAUAUUAUUAAUCAUCAUGAGAGCACAGAAACUACUAACUAUCACGGCCGGAGGAAUGGCGAAUUUAUCGUUAGAACUUUUCGCGAAAAUAUUGAAAACAUCAAUGUCAUAUAUGUCAGUCUUGCAUGCGAUGUACUGA